CCCUUUUUCUCUACAAUGAUGACAACUCUCAAAUCUGAUCAACUCAAACAGCUAAAAGACAUAUUCAUGCGUUUCGACCUCGACGGCGACGGCAGCCUAACUCAGCUAGAACUCGCCGCACUCCUCCGUUCCCUCGGCCUCAAACCCGGUUGUGGCGAUCAACUCCACGUUUUACUCGCUAAAAUUGAUCAUAACGGCAAUGGAUCUAUUGAAUUUGACGAACUUGUAGAUGCAAUUAUGCCUGAUAUGAAUGAAGAUAUAUUAAUCAAUCAGGAUCAGCUAAUGGAGCUUUUCCAAUCGUUCGAUCGCGACGGUAAUGGCUACAUUACCGCCGCCGAACUCGCCGGACAAAUGUCGAAAAUGGGUCAUCCGUUAACGUAUAGAGAAUUGUCAAAUUUAAUGCAAGAAGCUGAUACCAAUGGAGAUGGUGUUAUAAGUUUUAAUGAAUUUGCUAAUAUUCUUGGGAAAUCUGCUACCGAUUUUCUCGGAUUAAAUACUGUCUCCGAAUCCGUUGCUUGA